UAGAGGCCGGAAGUGCCGGCGGCGCGCUCCCGGGGCCGCGCGGCGAUGGCGAGGGUGCUGGCCCUCCGAGUGGUGGCGGGGCUCGCGACGGCGGCGCUGGCCGCCCUGCUGUUGGAGCACUACGGCCUAGCGGGGCCGUCCUCGCUGCUGCCGAGGCCGCGAGGCGCCCCGAGGCCGCAGCCCGCCCCGGGCCCGGCUGCCCGCAACAUCUUCUGGGGUCUGCAGAUAUCCGACAUUCACCUGAGCAGGUAUCAAGAUCCAGGCAGAGCGCUGGCUUUAGAGAAGUUCUGCUCGGAAACUAUUGACAUCAUACAACCAGCUCUUGUCCUGGCCACUGGAGACCUGACGGAUGCCAAAACAAAGGAACACUUGGGAUCCAGACAACAUGAGGUAGAAUGGCAGACUUACCAGAGAAUUCUGAAGAAGACAAGAGUCAUGGAAAAAACCAAGUGGCUGGAUAUCAAAGGAAAUCAUGAUGCAUAUAACAUUCCAAGUCUGGAGAGCAUUGUGAAUUAUUACAGGAAAUACUCUGCUGUGCGUAAGGACGGCUCUUUCCAUUAUGUCCACAGUACCCCCUUUGGCAACUAUUCUUUCAUCUCUGUGGAUGCCACACAAAGGCCAGGGCCUAAGAGACCCUAUAAUUUCUUUGGAAUUUUAGAUGAGAAACAGAUGGCGGAACUCUCAGCGUUCUCCGAGAAAAGUAGUCAGAGCAACCAGACAGUUUGGUUUGGACACUUCACGACGUCUACCAUCCUGUCUCCUUCCCCGGGGAUCCGGACGGUAGUGAGCUCAGGCACAGCUUACCUGUGUGGGCACCUCCACACCCUUGGUGGACUGAUGCCGGUGCUCCAUACUCGUCACUUCUCAGGCACUCUGGAGCUUGAGGUGGGAGACUGGAAAGACAACAGGAGGUACCGGAUCUUUGCCUUUGAUCACGACCUCUUUAGCUUUGCAGAUGUAACCUUUGACAAAUGGCCUGUGGUUCUUAUCACCAAUCCUAAGUCGCUCCUCUAUAGUUGUGCUAGACAUGAACCACUAGAAAGGCUCUUCCAUUCAACACACAUCAGAGUCUUGGCCUUUUCCUCAUCCCCCAUCACUUCUGUCACUAUUUACAUUGACGGAGUCAAUCUGGGCCAAGCUGCUCAUUUGUCUGGCCCUAUUUUCAUACUGAAGUGGAACCCUAAAAACUACAGUAACGGGACACAUACCAUAGAAGUAUCUGUCCAGGACUCUGCUGGAAGAAGUAAGAGUACUCACCACAUAUUUUCUGCUCAAGAGAACAUUCAUCUCACAUUUGAUCCUUUGGCAUCAUUUAUUCUCCUUACUGACCACUACAUUGUGGCUCGGGUCCUGUUUGUGUUGAUUGUGCUGAUGCAGCUUGCCAUUCUGAUUGCAUUCCGAUACCUCGCAUACCCGGAGCUUAAAGAACCUCUGGGAUUUGCAAAUAUGACCUCAUUUUCUCUUCAUAUCUUGAGCAAAAUAAACAUCUUCUACUAUUCUCUUUUGUUGCUGACCUUGUAUACAGUGCUGGGACCAUGGUUUAUUGGUGAAAUAAUUGAUGGCAAAUUGGGUUGCUGCUUUUCAUUUGGAAUAUUUGUUGAUGGACAUUUCCUGAAAGGUGGUCUAACAUUUAUCAGUGGAAUCAUGCAGCUUGUAUUCUUUAACAUCCCCUUGAAGGCUUACAUAUGUUGGGGCUUGCUGCAGCGGAGCUUUGGUCACAGCUUCAGGUCUCAUCUCCACCAAGGAAAAUACCUGACGAUUAUACCUGCUUACCUACUCAUGCUUCUACUAUACAUAUGGCAGAUUUAUUCUUGCUACUUUCUUCACGUUACAUACGGCACCCUCGCCUUUGUGCUCUCCCCACUGCGGACUUGGCUGACAUUGCUGACACCAGUACUCGUUCGUUGCGUGUGGACACUGAACUCCACUGAACUUGGAACAUUCAUGGUACAGUUAAAAAGUCAUCUGAGCACCUGAAGGCUUACAGCUAGCAGCCUUGCAGAAACCCGACCUCCACAUUUGUAGCCCAGAUCUCUGCCCCAGUGACAGAUGGGAAACCAGUAUCAGCGGUGAGCUUCAAGAAGCUGCCACACCUUGGACAUCUGGAUGUUGGAAGUGCUUAACUACUGAUCCCUGCAGUGUGGACUGCAGAAAAGUCUAACGAUUGAUUCUUUCUUCCUCAGGAAGCAAAGAGCCCUAAUCAAGGAGAUCCCCAGGUGGGGUCUGUGUGUCACUCAGUACCUCAGCACUGCUGUCUGUUAGGGUCAUCUUGUGAAAAUACAUCCAGCCCAGGCCUGCAAUUCAGGAUGCCAUUUUAUGCCUGUGAAACCUGUGGAAACGUGGCCUUGACCUUUACCACUCUUGAAACUUUACUUCCCAGUCCAUUUCCCACGGAUUAUGGGCUUUCUGCUUCCUUAGUCGAGACUAUUUUCAACUAAUCAAAUAAAUGAAUGAAUGUUAAAUAUCACAAA